AUGGCAUCCACACCCGAUCUACCAAUCCAGCACGAACGAGACACUAUAUUCAAAUCCUAUGACAAAAAUAGUAAGCUUGUAGAUAUGUGGUUCCGGUUCCUUGUGACAAUCAAUGUGAUCGAUAAAUCGUUGAGGGUGGUGGAAGGACUCGAAGCAAAGUUGUUCAGAUCGUCGUUUGGCAGAGGAAAGGAGCAGAAGACCAGCCAGUCAAUUCAGGUUAAGGUGGUCCGUGCUCUCUUUCACCUUCUUGCACUGAAUCUCGCAGACGACACUCAAGUUUAUUUCGCGAGUCGUGGAGUAAAUUACUCAAGAGUCGUUAUGCCCGAAUCGCUAGGUGGACCCCUGACCCCGAAUCUGCAGCUGCAAGUUCCAGUGCAUGACAUCUCCUACACACUGAGACAAGCGAGAUUUUACCACUCACCGCUCCCGAACCAAAUCCUGACAAUUCAGGCGUUGCAAAGGAUGCAAUGGCAGGUUUCAAAGGCAUCAGACAUAUUUCAGAACUGGUUCAAGAUACUGGCUUAA